AAAUCUCCAAAGAAGAAAAGAAUACCUAUCUUCCCCAACAAGGUACUUGAGUGCCAAACAUGCAAAGUAUAUUUAACCUUGCUUGCCCCCACUCCAAAUAACAGCCCACAAGAACCUAGGAAAGUAUCUUUUCCAAGGUUUCUUCUAUUUCAAAUAAGCACUUGCAGGUACCCAAUGGAUCACCCACCAUAUUAUCAUCACUCAUAGAAGGGAAACCUGAGAACAGAAUUUGUAGAGUAAAAUGGAGAAUUUGUUUAAUCAAAUAAGGGUGCAAUUUACUGGUGCGGAGGAGAAGAAAGCUGGUCUUGGUGGCACCAAGGAUCAGAAAAUACCAAUACAGAAAACUCAAUCUUUCAAAGAGAAGAAAGAGGGAGGCCAGAAUUGGUUCAAGAAACAGUUUGCAAGGAAAACGGAUCGUGAUGAUGACUCAAGAGACAUGGAGCAUGCUGCUGCAGUAGCUGCUGCAGCAUUUGCAAUUAAUUUGCAAGAUGUCUCUGAACAUGAAAGCAAGACCAAGGAGGCUUCGUUCACAAAGACCAAAAGCAAGGUGGAUGGCACAAAAUCUUCAAUUUCCCUACUUGGUAGUGCAUCCAAGCGACUCUCAAGUUCAUUUAAACUUAAGGAUGACCAAGGUGGCAAGGUGCCAAAGUCCUCAGUUACAGAUGAAAAGAAGCCAGAAGGGGCCAUUACACCUGCACCAUCAAUGAAAAAGACUUCAACUUUCACCGAUACAAAGCCCGAGAUCCCAUCACCAAUAAUUCCUCCUCCACCUUCAACAAAGCAUGACCCUUUAAGACAAACAACUCCACCAACAGAUACUGAAAGGCAGAAAAAUGCAGAUGAAUGGGAGAGAACCGAGCUUGAAAAUAUCAGACAAAGGUACGACAAGUUAAGAGAGAAAAUAGAUUCAUGGGAAAGCAAGAAGAAGAUGAAUGCUAGACGCAAGCUAGAAAAAGAAGAGAGAGAUCUUAUACAGAGAAAGUUGAAAGCUUGGGAUGAUUUUCAGACCAAGUACAAGUAUAUAGAUCAAAUUGCAGUGGGAGCAAGAACCAAGGCAGAAGAAAGCCGAAAAAAUGAAGAGCUAAAAGCUAAAGAGAAGGCAAACGUAAUUCGAACAACAGGCAAGCUGCCACGGAUUUGCUUCUGCUUCUGAGAUCACCAACUAUGUAACAUCACUGGAUUGGGGGAACAAAAGGAGAUCUAAGAAUGUUUUAUAGUUAUAUCUAUAGCUUAAUCCUCAUUUCCAGUAAAACAAGACAACUUCCUACAACAAUUAGAAGAAGAAAAACUGAAAACUGAAACAGAUACGUGACUUACUUCUUGUAUGUGGCAACUUUUCUUGCUUUAGAUUUUAGUUUUGGUUAAAAAUAUUACCCACCACAGUACGAGUGUCAACUCUAUUUUCAGGAAAUGACAGGCUAACCAAGAAAAUGAUUUAUCAUGUUAUGAAACGCUGGGAAUGACAAGCUAAAUUGAUUUAUUUUAGUC